AUGCAGUGGCAGCUGCAAGAGGCGGACCUUCGACGGACCUGGGGCGUGGAUCCAGAUCUACGACCCUGGACAUGCAUGCCAGGUGUGCGUCUACGGGGCUUUGGCAUCCCUGACACUACCCGUGCACGGGCACUCAUGGACCUUGCCGCCAUCGAUCACCUCGGGCCGAAGUGUGCUGCAGGUCUCGUGCAAGAAGCCAAGCAGUGCGGUUGCUGGAGCAAGAUCAAGCAGGCCUUGGCCGAUGUCUACGUGGAUCUGUCGCAAAAUCCAUAUCGCAAGCCCUGGACAAACAGUAAGACAGUGAGCCGCUGCAUGACAACCAGCAGCUGCAUCUACUCGUUUGCGGAGCAACGAGUGGUGAAGGAAUGUGCUUGCUUGGACAAAGCAGGCACGGCACCUCUGGUGCCCGUCUGCUUUGAAUGUGGGGACAUUGCCUUGCAGAUCCGCCCCGAGGCGACGCUACAGAAGGUGUAUGCCUGGUACACAAAUACGGCAGGUGCACGCAUGCAGGACAGAGACUUCAAGACUGAUUUUGACAAGGCCAAAGCCAACUAUCAGCAAUCAGCCGAGGGAUAUGUGUGCGACCCAGCCUCGCUAGUAUGUGAGGACGUGUCCUACGGAUACAACAUUUUCGAGGAGAAGGGCCUCCUCACGGCCCAGGAGUUCUACGAUCUUGAGCACAUGCUCCCUUCGGAGGCGGGGUUGGAGCCAACGAUGGUUCCUUGGCCCAACCCACGGCAUUCCCAAGAGAUGUUCCUCGUGGACUUGAAGGGCUUGCCGCUAGACGUGAUCCUUGGCAUGAGGAGGGUGCACAUCUACAUGGAUUCCGCGGCGAAGCAGCAGGAAAUCAUGUUGCGCCCUGAGCGCCAGUUGUUGCCUCGCCAGGCGGCAGCUACUUUCAAGCACUACGUGUCGGAGCACUUCCAGGAGCGUCCCCAAGGCCUAGAAGACGCAGACAAGCAGGAACCCCUUAAGGAUGGCGAUGAGGACGGCGAGGAUGAUGAGGAAAAGGCGGGUUCAGAAGAGGAGAAGUUGGAGACGAAAACUUUGGGGCCUCGCAAAAGUGCUAAGGUGUCGGAGCGUGAGGAGCAGGCUGCUAAGCAGAAAGCCGCGAAAUCUUUGAAGGCACAGGCAAAGAAGGCUGCGGCAGCAAAAACCAAGCAGUCGCAGCAGGUAGGUGGUGACGUGGACGUCAAGUCUGUGUGCAGCAGGGCAUCCAAGGAUAAAGACAGAGGCCUCUCCCUGAUUGACCCAGAGCUGCAAGAUUUGGCGGAAGUCCAUCUCAACUCCGGGAAAGGCUCGUCAAUCAAGUGCCUCCAGGUACUGCGACCGGACAUUUUCUUGCUCGGACCGGAAGCAUCUGGCAUUGUGGACCUCUCCACCAAGACACUGUCCACGUCACUCACGGGAGCCGCGAGCUUAGUCACUUAG